ACAUUUUAUUCCGGUGCGUAAAUUUCUAGAAGUAAAAAAUGUGUUAGGGAUGAAAUCAUACAUCAUCUCCGUCUGCAUGAUUUCAAUUUUAGUGUCUUUUAUCUUUCUUUAUGCGGCUUUUACAUCUUCAUUCUCAUGAUUCUGGAGAGUCUGUUUCCACAUCAUGAUGAUGCAAACGUAGCGUGAUUGGACCUUGAGGAUAUUUGAUGUAAACUUAGCAACCUUUGUUGAUCACCUCAACGGCAAGGCAAUGGAUAUCGUUGUCAUUGUAGCGAUUGCCAUCCUUGGUCUUCUAUUUAUUGCCUCGUUUGUGGCCCUCAUCGUCGCGUGCAGACAUCGAUGCCGUGUCCUGGAUAUUAAUAUCAAAGAGUCAAUACAUAGGAAAAACAGUGGUCGUCAGAAUGUGUCCCUGGUGAACGACGCAGAGAUGCCUCAUGAAGACUUUGAAGUAGAGCUGAGAGAUGUCUGCACAAACAACAGCCUUGAACAGAUUCUAGAAGAUGAAGAAUGGGUGGAUGAUGCUACAGGGUUGAUGCCACACUGCAUCGCUAUCCUGAAGACGUGCCAUGAGCUUACGGAAAAGCUGGUUGCCAUGACGAUGGGUAACACCCAUUAUCCCAAGAUGUCGGAGAGCUUGUCUGAUAUUAUUGAGGUCGCAAAGAGGAUCAACCCGAGGGUUGAUGAUGUAGUGAAGUGCAUGUAUCCUCCCAUUGAUCCAAGGCUGCUUGAAGCAAGGUCAGCGGCCUUGCUCUUAUCACUACAACAUCUUGUACUGGUCACCAAGCAAGCCUGUCAAAUGUCUAGUUUCGUGGAGUGGAUCGAUGGCUCAAUCAAACAGAUGGAAUCACAUUUACAGGUCUUAAGAGAUGCUGCCAUUACUUGGGAAGCUACCACAGCAGCACCAGAAACCAACCAGCCACAGCCUCCUGUCCUUGGUGCAGUAGGGCCUGCUCCAGCUAUAUCACUCUCUUCCUCUCACGUAUAGAAGACAGCAAUACGUCCUUUCGUCCAGGAAAUACCUUAUGAAUCGUGCAAUGGACACGUCUUAAUAUGAAGUAAGGGGGCAUUCGUCGUGGUAGCCAGUAUUUGUUAUGAAAUACAAGUUACAUGGUGUCGGGACACCAGAGGUGUUGUCUUUGACAGACCAUCCAAGAUGAUCUUGAUCAAAGAUCUAUUGUUCGGGAUUGAACCCUAUGCAGCUGUCUGCCUUCAUUACCUUUCGAAAUGUGCCUUGAGCACCUCGCUUGAUGAAAUACUCCAGAUCCGUCUCUGAGGCAUCAUGGAAGCCUUCUCCAUUUAGUUAUGUUUCCACUGAUCUUUGGAAUACCUAGAGAAAUAGAGGGUGCUUCCGGAAGUCUUUGGACCAUUCAUGUCUUUCUUGACUACGAGUGACAACUGGAUUUAUCAUUACCUUUGCAUUCUACACAAGACCAAGGGAAUCUGGUCCGGUUCCAUGCGGAGCUGUUGUUGCUCGAAGGACCAUGUGUUGGGGGCUUCUCUAGAAACAACAUAGUGCCAAAUGAGAUCCAUCUUCCAUGGCUGGAAGUGCAUCAUCAUUACUUGUCCUGUGGCCUGCUCAUCUAGUCUUCUUGGGAGUAUUUUAUUAAACCUUUUGGGAUGAGACCAAAUGGAAAGUAAGCAAAGUGGGUGUGGACCAAGUGGCAAUUUACCUGAAAGCUAGAUCACUCCGUCUGCAAGGUUGUGUUUAAUAGUACAUGUAUUUCAGCCGCUGCUCCAGCCCAUAUUUCGUUUCCCGGUAGAAUAUGGCUAUGGUCCAUUUUACCUGUACAAUACGUUAGGCUGACAAUUUCUUAUUGUGAAAAAGUAAUGUUCAUGUAUGCUGAUGAUAAAUCAGCAGACAAAGUGGUCGUGCUUCAAUAUAAUUGACCCAUUUAAACCAGAGUUAAGUACUCAGCCACUACUCUGUUCACAUAAAAAGAUACAAUCGGUCUUUACAAUCAUUGCGUUCUUUGUUGCAUGUGUUACCAUAGAUGUACAGUUAUAGUGAAUUGUGUGAUUGAUUGUAUAUUUUAUAGUACAGGUCACAGAACUUGUAACCUCUCCUAAAACUUUAAAAGAUAUGCUGUAUGUAUCCUUCAGAAUACACUCGUACAUGUAUGUACAGUCAAAAUCAAUGAAUUGGCUUACAGUUAAUUAGAAGUAACUAAGAAAUUUGCAAUAUUUGAUUUUUAAAUAUUUUUUAAGCAACUAACCAUACUUAACUAAUUGCCAAAAUUUGUCCUGAAAUUGCAUUUGCACAAAAACAAAUCUUUUAUCAGAUAUUUGAGUUCAGGGAAUAUAUAUUUUAACUACAUGUAUAUAUAUAUCAAAACAUGAGCAUUCAUGACUACAUACAUGUAGAGUCAAUUGGAACUUUUUUUAUUGGGUGUUUUCUUUUAUUGUGGAUGUGGCUUUGAUUACUAUGACCAAUACUGUGAAUGAUUGGCCGUCUUUAUGCUCAAGUAAGUAGGAGAGAGAGGGGGAGAGGUAGGGAGAGAGAGAGAUAGACGAAAAGUUACCAAAUAAGCAUAUUUUAUUUUCUUUUUUUAAAUGUUAUUGUUAACAAAAAUAAUCUGUUUCUUUCACUUUCAUCUAUCGGUGUAUUGAAUGAUGUCAUGAUGGGCUCUACAUGUAACAUUGCAUGUGAACACUAAACUGCUGCUCAAUUCCAAAGUGAAUUUUAAACGUGAUAUUGGCUCACCAAUGAAGAUGCUAUGCUAUAAAGGAAACGUGGCACACUUCUUCCAUCCAUAAUACAUGCAUGUUUUACAUACAUAUGUACACUCGAGUCAGAACAAAUGUACAGUAAACACUUAGCCAUGUGAAUAUAUAUUUUUAAGUACAUGUUCAGAUAGAUUAAUAU